GUUCAAAGAAAUUGUACAUUAAUGGAACAGAGGACAACUCCACGCUUAAGCGCUUCACAUUGCUCUGGUCCACCUCCUGUCGACGGACAUGUAUCUGUUCCUCCUGGGACUUGUCGUGUUCUACUACCUGUACCGCUGGCUCAGGGAGCUACCCAGGGUCUCCGACAAAGACGGCAAGUAUGUGUACAUCACCGGUUGCGACACGGGCUUUGGAAACCUCCUGGCCCGUCACCUGGACAACCUGGGCUUCCGGGUGAUCGCCUCCUGCUACACGGAGAAGGGCGAAGAGGAGCUGAGAAAGUCAUGCUCUCGAAACUUGACCACAACACACCUGGACGUUCGAUCUGCUGAAAGUGUCGCCAAAGUUGCAGCCAUGAUCAAGGACAAAGUGGGGCAGCGUGGCCUGUGGGCCGUAGUUAACAACGCCGGCGUGUCCGUCCCCACGGCCCCAUGCGACUGGCUAACCAUCGAUGACUACAAGUCCAUGCUGGAUGUGAACCUAAACGGGGUGAUCGCUGUGACUCUGAGCGUCCUGCCGCUCAUCAAGAAGGCCAGGGGCAGGGUGGUGAACGUGGCCAGCGUGUUUGGGAGGAUUAGUCCCACCGGAGGUCCGUACACCGUCUCCAAGUACGGCGUGGAAGCGUUCAACGACAGCCUGAGGCUAAAUAUGGCACCCUUUGGUGUCAAGGUCCUGUGCAUUGAACCGGGCUUCUUCAAAACAAACGUGACAGAUGCUGCGAUCCUGAGUAAGAAUAUCAAGUGGCUGUGGGACAAGGUGCCUCAGGAAGUCAGAGAUGACUAUGGACAGGAGUACCUUCAGAAAUCGUUAGCACUCUUAUCAGACAAAGUUGCUAAGCUAUCAGAUGGAGACCUGAUGAAGGUGGUUAACUGUAUGGAGCACGCGGUAUCGGCCGUUCGACCUCGUACUCGCUACUCACCAGGAUGGGACGCCAAAUUGUUCUGGCUGCCGCUGUCCUACAUGCCAACCUGCGUCUCCACCUACAUUCUGAGUAAAGAAGCCAUUCCCAUUGCCAAGCCAAUGCAAUAAGUGCACUAGUUUGUAACAUUUUUACACACCUGUUCUUCAACACGACCACUUGUUCUGAUACUGUUAGAGCAGUCAACUAUUCAAAAUGCAGUUACAAGAAAAGUGUCUUUUUUUUCCCCCACCUCAGAUUGCAAAACUAAAUUUGCUUUCCCCCCCCCCCCCCCUUUCUCCAAUUAAACGUUCUCCUUUGGUUAUGCUGUGCCAUAUUGAAGGCCUUAUCUGAAGGGAGCAUUAUGUUCCGGCCAAUGUGCAGGUCUUUGGUGAUAAGCCUGUGUGAAAGGUUGCGGGGGGGACGGAGAGGAAAAAAAAAAAAAAACAACUUCAAUUUGGGUUCAAUAAAAAGCAUUCUGUUCAGGAA